AUAAAUGGUUUUGGAGCGGGAAAAUUUGAUAGCUGGUGGAAAUACGAAGUUGCAUCAGACACGGGAACAUCGUUUAUUGGAGCUCCACGUGUUGUAACGGAUAAGAUUGCCAGGGCGGUUGGAGCCACGGUUUGGCAUAACACUACGUGCAAUGCGCAAAUCAUAUCAUAUUACCACUUGUAUCUCGGAUUAUUCCGACUUUACCAUAUUCAUUGCAACGCCAAGCCCUCGCCUAUCGUUAUAUACAUUGGAGGAAAACCGUAUCCCAUAGAUUAUAAAAAUUACAUAGUUGAGGUUAGUCCCAAGCUCUGCGUUAUUGCUUUCUUCUCCAUCAACACUGGAGGAAACAACCCUGCUUGGCUUCUCGGAGACCCAUUCAUCCGCCAGUAUUGUCAUAUUCACGAUCUGGAGCAGAAGAGAAUAGGAUUUGCAAAAUCUAUUGCCAAAUGA